UGGCGGCGGCGGUUGCCGGGGCGACAGCUGGAGAAGUGGCGGCCGAGUGGAUUUGUGGAGUGUUCCCGCGGCGGUGCAGCAGAGACUUGGGCUGUGUGAAAUAACAGUAACCGUUCACUAUGGGAGAUGUUCUGGCUCAUGAAUCAGAAUUACUUGGACUUGUGAAAGAGUAUUUAGAUUUUGCCGAAUUUGAGGACACCUUGAAAACAUUUUCAAAAGAAUGCAAAAUGAAAGGAAAGCCAUUAUCUCAAACAGCAAGUGGUUCUUUAAGGGACUCCAAAUCACUGAUCGUCCAGAAGGACCUCGUUGCUGCAUUUGACAAUGGAGACCAGAAGGUGUUCUUCGAUUUGUGGGAGGAGCACGUUCCCAGUUCCAUUCGAGAUCAUGACUCCCUUGCCCAGAAGUUGGAAUUCUAUCUUCACAUCCAUUUUGCCAUCUACCUUCUGAAACACUCCAUAGGGAGACCUGUAGGUUCCCUUUGUGAUUUGGACAAAGAGGACCUGGAUGAGAGGAUUUCUUAUUUUAAAACCUACCUGGAGACCAAAGGGGCAGCGUUGAGCCAGACCACGGAGUUUCUCCCAUUCUAUGCUCUGCCUUUUGUUCCUAACCCCAUGGUACACCCCUCAUUUAAAGAGCUCUUCCAGGAUUCUUGGACUCCAGAAUUAAAGUUGAAGUUGGAAAAGUUUCUGGCUUUAAUUUUUAAGGCCAGUAACACGCCGAAGCUUUUAACAUUAUACAAGGAGAAUGGACAAAGUAACAAAGAUGUGUCCCAGCAGCUCCACCAGCAGCUGGUAGAAGCUGAACGGAGGUCCAUGACGUACCUGAAGCGGUACAAUAAGAUCCAGGCGGACUACCACAAUCUCAUUGGGGUCACAGCAGAGCUGGUGGAUUCUCUGGAGGCCACAGUCAGUGGCAAGAUGAUCACCCCGGAGUACCUACAGAGCGUGUGUGUCCGCCUCUUCAGUGACCAGAUGCGACAGAGCCUGGCCCACAGCGUGGACUUCACAAGGCCUGGGACGGCUUCAACCAUGUUGAGAGCCUCCUUGGCACCUGGGAAACUGAAGGAAGUCCCGUUACUGCCCUCCUUGGAUUAUGAGAAACUGAAGAAAGAUUUGAUUUUGGGGAGUGACCGCUUGAAAGCCUUCCUGUUGCAGGCUCUUCGCUGGCGCUUGACCACGUCCCAUCCUGGAGAGCAGAGGGAGACCGUUCUGGAAGCUUACAUUGGCAACGACCUCCUGGAUUGUCACAGCCACAGCCAGAGGAGCGUGCUGCAGCUGCUGCACUCUAGGAGCGAGGUGGUGCGACAGUAUAUGGCCCGGCUCAUCAAUGCUUUCGCAUCCCUGGCCGAAGGUCGCCUCUACUUGGCCCAGAACACGAAGGUGCUGCGGAUGCUGGAGGAAAGGUUGAAGGAGGAGGAUGAGGACAUCGUCACCCGCGAGAACGUUCUCGGGGCCUUGCAGAAAUUCAGCCUCAGGCGCCCACUGCAGACAGCGAUGAUUCGAGACGGCCUCAUCUUCUGGCUGAUUGAUAUUCUGAAGGACCCCGAUUGCCUGUCGGACUACACACUGGAGUACUCGGUGGCCUUGCUCAUGAACCUCUGCCUCAGGAGUGCAGGGAAGAACAUGUGUGCCAAAGUGGCGGGCCUGGUGCUGAAAGUUCUCUCGGAUCUGCUUGGCCAUGAGAACCACGAGAUACAGCCAUAUGUGAACGGAGCUCUGUACAGCAUACUUUCUAUUCCAUCCAUUCGUGAGGAAGCAAGAGCAAUGGGAAUGGAGGAUAUCCUUCGCUGCUUCAUCAAGGAAGGCAAUGCUGAAAUGGUCCGCCAGAUCGAAUUCAUAAUCAAGCAGCUUAAUUCAGAAGAGCUACUGGAUGGUGUUCUUGAGUCUGAUGAUGAUGAAGAUGAAGAUGAUGAAGAGGACCAUGACAUUAUGGAAGCUGAUCUGGACAAAGACGAGCUGAUCCAGCCGCAGCUUGGAGAGCUGUCAGGCGAGAAGCUUCUGACCACGGAGUACUUGGGAAUUAUGACGAACACGGGGAAGGCAAGGCGGAAAGGCCUGGCCUGUGUGCAGCAGAGUGCCGACGAGCCCCUGCGCCGGCCCGUCACCCCUGGUGGCCACAGGACCGGGUACCCAGUACUGGAAGAUUGUCCCAUUUCUCCCCAGAUGACCCAGCGCUCCCGAAACGGCAGCCUCCCAUCCCUGACAAGCGCCCACCGUCCUGUCUACAAUGGUGCUCAGACCGGUGCUUCCGAGUCUGGCAUCUCUGCUUCGGCCACCGCGGACAUCAGGCCAGGAGAAUGGUUGCCAGCAGGACCUCAGGGAGAGGUUCGCCUGUCCUCCGCAGAAGUCCCCAGCCAGGCCCCAGGCGGUGGAGCAACCACCAGGGAAUUUACAUCAGCCUUCCCCUGCGAGCCCCGGACCCCCAGCACGCCGGCAAUCCUGGACCUGAACCCACCCAAGGCCAAGGCAUCCACUCUGGCCCCUCGGUUCUCUCCGUGCGGCCCCCAGCAGGCCAGCCGCCCUGGCUCCGUGUUGUCCUCCACAAGGGGCCCACAGAGUAAGUCAGACCAGAGGGCAGGGCGCUGUGUUUGUCUGGGCCCCGCAGGCCAAAGGGAAAGCCAGGGCCCUCGCCAGUGUCUCCUCCUGCCCUAGAAACCAGUUCUCCACUCAUCUUCCCAUGUAUGCCAUUGCCAUGAGCCUUGGGGGCUCACACACAGCCCGGCAGACGGGGACCAUCUGGGCAAUGUCGCUCAGAGCAAAGACUCCCCCCACCUCUGUGGAACUUGUGUGGUUGCCCCUGGAACCUGGACCUGCCUUCCAGUGGGGGGCAGCCGACAGCUACUCAGGCAGCCUGGAAACCAAACCAGAGCAGGUGCCUUGGAGGCGGCCACCCCAGUGACUGAGGGUAGGGGGGCCCUGGGGGCCUCCCUCCUGCCAUUUUAGACACUGGAGAGACCACUUCCUCUCUCUAUCCCCUCCUAGCCUGGGCCAGUUGGCCACCUCCUCCACUCCCCAGCUGAGCCUGGACCUUUCUAAAGAGUCUUAACUAAAAAUAAGGGAGGGAGGCCUGGCUGGUGUAGUCAGAGGAGAACAUGACCCUUGAUCUCAGGGUCGUAGGUUCGAGCCCCAGGCUGGAUAUAGUGAUUACUUAAAAAUAAAAUGUUUUUUAAAAUAAAUAAAUAAAAGAAAUCAAAAUAAAGGAAAACAAAAGUGAAAAAGAGGAUGUCAAGCAACAAAAAAAUCUGUCACACUCAGGAUAUAUGCAUUUCUGCCAUUGUACUGCCCCGCACUCUCCCUGCCCCCAUCAUUUCCUGCCGAAGCCCCAGGCAUUCUGGUCAACCCGAGACCUGCUGGGCUAGCCAUGUGGUUAAUGGGCCGUGCCUGGAAAGCCGGCCCAGCCCUCCCUCUUCUCCGGCGCCUCUCUGGGGGUUAACAUGGAGCCAAGCCCCAGCCCCUGCUACCCUCCCCACCGUCCGCAGCAGCGGUGCAGCUCCUACUGCUGCUUCACACGGGCCGAAGGAAGCACCUGCAGGUGCCAGGAGCUCAUGGCCGGAGAGAGGUGGCUGGGCCCAGCCCCGGCGGGCAGUAACUGCAGCAGCAACAGCCGGGACCCUGCGGGCUCCUCCGGGCCCUGCCCGUGCCUGAUAGCUCAGCUAGCAGCAGACCCGUGUCCCAUGGCCUCGACAAACAACAAAACCAUUGCCCGCAGACUCAGCGAGUACCCCCCGCCAAGCUGCCUGCUUCCUGGGAGGAAAGAGCAUGGCCACGUGAGGCGUGUCCGGGCCGCAGAGCCGGUGACCUGGGGGAAGGGAAGGUUCUCUGUAUUCUGUCUGCACAGAGCCAGCUGAAAGAAGGGCCUAUACGAGACAGAGGGGACUCUGUGUGGAUGCCGCCUCCGUGCUGGCAGCUGGCGCGGGCUUUUCUUCUCCAGGGAGCCCAUCUUACAGGAAGUGAGGACAGUUCCUUCCCCGGUGUCACCAUCCCGUUGCCUGAGAACCAGCCAGCUUCCCCCUCUGGCCCAGCGGGCAGCUGCAGGUGACAGAUGUGGAGAGACAGUGGUCCACAAGCCCCCAGGUGGCUUCGGGAGCUGAGGCAAGGCUGGCUGUCCCAGCAGUCCCCUCCACGGGCUCCUGUCGCUGCCCGUCUCAGGUUGUCCCCUCACGCACAGAGGAACGUGGCUGGUAGGCAGCAUGAACCCCACCAGUGAGCUCUUCACCUCAGGAGCCUGUGCAGAGGAGGGGGGACACCUGAAAACCCAGCCAGGGAAGGCGGGGGCAGGACUAGGCCUCGUUGAAACCAGCACUCCUCUCUCCGGCCAGCUGGGAGAAAAACUGUGGGGACUUAGGACAAGGGACACCCAUCCUCAAGCCAUAUUCCGGAGCACCAGAUCGGUUGUUCUCGUCCUCUUUUGAAAUCUGGUAAAACUGUGAUCUAGUCCCAGAUACAGCUUAGAAGCCCCAGCCGCUCUCGAUCUUCUGCACACGUGUUUUAAAGGCCUCCUAGGGCUGGCUGACCGUGUAACCCGCUGUCCUCUUGUAAGAUUGUAAACACAAGAAGUUCCAAUGGCAAAAUGACUAGUCCCCGCUGGGGAGGAUUGUGCUGGCCCCUUGCGGAGGGUGACGUCAGAGCCUGUGUCCUAGGACAGAGCCAGCAAUGUCACCCAAGCGAGGAGCAGGAUCUGACCUCUCCUGAAAUAGGAGUAUUUGAAAUAAAAGUAUCAAUAUUUAGAUGGUA